AUGGAGACUCCUCUGGUUGCUUUGAACCAAUUCAGUGAAAACUCGUAUAAAAUGACUGAGGACGACGUGAAGCGACUGAUCGAGAUACGAGCGUCUAAUGAGGCUCUGUUCACCGGGAAGAGGAACUCCGCUAAACUCGCCUGGAGUACUAUUUUAAAAGGCCUGGGACUCGAGGGAAAGCUAACUCCAGAUCAGAUUUCCAAGAAAUGGGAUAAUCUUCGGUCAAAAUAUAAGGACCUGAAGCAGCCAUACCAGGGGCAGGAGCUCUCUGGAGGCCUUGAGUCCUCGUGGCCCUGGUUCCAUAUGAUGGAAGAGGCAAUGCACGGACGCCUGUUCAACAGCAGCUUAGUUCUCCACCCAGACCCCGAAGUAGAGCAGGGCGAGGAGCCCAGCGAGGAGCAGAGCCAGCCACAACCCCAGGAGAACCAGGACAUCCUUGAAUUCCUCAUCAAGACAGAGAUGGACGAGUCUGUGGAGAUGAGGAGGACACGAAGUUCAGUGGGGACCACAGCGGCGCCGGUGCCUCUGGGCUGGAGGAGGAUGUCCGAGUGCUCCUACAGAUGGACUGACAAUGAAACGGAAAAGUUAAUCAAACUUCGAGCUGCGAAUGAAGUCCUGUUCACUGGAAAGAGGAACACAGCCAAACCGGCCUGGAGAGCUAUCCUGUUUGAGAUGGGGUUGCAGGGGAAAGUCUCCAUAGAUCAGCUGGCAAAAAAGUGGGACAAUUUGAAAAGAAAAUACAAGGAGCUCAAGUUCCCGGCUCCCGGUGUUGACCCAAACCUGAGCUCGUGGCCCUGGUUCUUCCGCAUGACUGAAGCGAUGGAGGGGCGUCUGGCCGGAGCCGCUCCCAUCCUCACGCCCAUCGUCGAGGAGGAGGACGACUACUGCGAAGCCUCCUCUCCAAUUCCCAAGAAGAGACUGAGGCGCAGCCGCGGCAUGACUGACUUCUUGACAGAGAGUGAGAUCGACCUCCUGGUGGAGAACGUGGAGAAGAAUGGAGCGGGGAACCUGGACUCUCACAGAGGAGAAUACAGCUACAGGCUGACGGAAGAAGACACGCGCCGAUUAAUCGAGUUGCGUGCUGCGAAUGAAGUUCUGUUCACGGGAAAGAGGAACACGGUCAGACCGGCCUGGAGGGCAGUCGUGAAGGAGCUCGGCCUUGCAGGGAAAAUCACUCCUGAUCAAGUCGCAAAGAAGUGGGACAAUCUCAAGACCAGGUUCAAGGACCUGAAGUUCCCUCCUCAGGGCAUGGAGGGCCAGGUGAAUCCCAGCGCAUGGCCCUGGUUUAAGCUAAUGAGCGACGCCUUGGAGGGCCGUCUGAUGGGGAAGGCGCCCACAGUGGAGCCUGUGUGGAGCGAUGCUGAUGUGUUCCUUGCCUCUCCCUCUCCCCCACCACCUGUGAGAGACUGUCCCCUUGAGGACAGGAGAGCAGUGCAAGCGCUGGAGAGCAGCCUGGUGUCGGAGGAGGAGGGGUCAGAGGACGUGGCUCUGAUCGACGCCAACGGAGAGGAGGCAUCAGGCACAAACCAUGGCUUUAUAUUAUCGGAUGAGCUCACUGGGAAAUUCAUCAAGCUCCGAGCUGCAAACGAGUCGUUGUUCACUGGACGCAGAAACGCGGCUAAAGCUGCCUGGAGAGCCAUCCUGGUGCAGCUCGGGCUUCAGGGGAAAGUCUCCACGGUGCAACUCGCCAAGAAAUGGGACAAUCUAAAGAGGAGAUACAAGGACUUGCGGUUUCCUCCAGUGGGAAUGGAGGCAUCCGUGGAUCCCUCAUCGUGGCCCUGGUACAGCCUGAUGCACGAUGCCAUCGAAGGACGACUCUCCCACUGCGCGCCUCUCCUCGAACCGGAUGAAACGCCAGACGAGACGCCUUCAAAACCCAAACGCCAGCCCCCUGCGCCUGCCAAUCCACCCCACAUCACCCCCUCUAACACGUCUGCCUCCACCACCGCUCCGGAUUUCAGCACGGAGACCUUUGUGACGGAAAGCAACGUGGCACUGCACCGUGAGUGGGGCGUGCUGGACAGGGAGCGCGCAGCCUUGCAGCGCGAGCGGCAAAUGCUGGAGCAGGAGCGGGCCACUGUGCAGGCGGAGAGGAUGUGGCUGGAGCGCGAGCGAGAGGAUCUGCAGCGGGACAGGGCCAUCGUGGAGGCGGAAAGAGCAGCUCUGGCUCGAGACCGCGAGGUUCUGGACCAGAGGGCAAUCAUGCUCAACACAGUGGGACAUGUGCAGCACCUGAACUCGCUCAUGUGA